GUGAUCCUGAAGUUCAGCGUAACCAUUCAAAUGGAAGAUCAUCUGUUCUAUCUGAAAAAGGUAUCGAGGAUGAUCAAGAUGGAAAGGAUUCAGAAUACAUACCAGUAGAUGAAGAAGGAGUUAAUACACAUGAUGACUUCAAAGAUGAGUCUUCAACUGAAAUAUCUCCGUCAUCUCUCCCUCAAUCAACGCCUUCUGAUGAUGUUAGCGUAUCAGUUACCUCUUCCGGAAAUGAAUUAAAAAAUACAAUAAAACUCUCUAGUUUAGAUGAUAGUAGCUUAACGACAAACAUAACAACUGAUAAAUUUAGUUUAACAUCCGAGGAAAAUCAGCAUUCAAACACAGAAGAUUUAAGUAUUUCAGAGAAAACAAGUACCUCUACUUCGACUGAUAGUUCAACUAACUCAAAUGAUGUAAGUUCAACAUCGAAAGCCUUAACCGACAUAAACGAUAUUAGCUCUGCAUCGGAUGCUGCAACUCGAUCAGACGAUGCAAGUUCUUCAACUGAUGCUUCAAGUGAUAAGUCAGAUUCAAGUUUUGUAUCGGGUAUUAGUAUCUCUCCUACAUCUAGUUUUGAAAUUUCAAGCACUGUAACGAGCCUCUCGAGUACUAAUUCUGAUUCGACAUUAGAUAAUGUUUCAAAUUUUAGUACUACUCCAGCAGUUUUAAAAGUUACAAUCACUUCUUCUUCUGAUGCUACACCAGCUGUUUCGAAAGUCUCUACAAACAUUUCUACUUCUGAUGCUACACCAGUAGUUUCAGAAGUCUCUGUAAGCGCUUCUACUUCUGAUACUACACCAGCAGAUUUAAAAGUUUCUACAAUUACUUCUUCUGAUGCUACACCAGCAGUUUCGAAAGCCUCUACAAACAUUCUUACUUCUGAUGCUACACCAGUAGUUUCAGAAGUCUCUGUAAGCGCUUCUACUUCCGAUACUACUCCAGCAGAUUUAAAAGCUUCUACAAUUACUUCUUCUGAUGCUACACCAGUUUCGAAAGUCUCUACAGACACUGUUAUACCAACAGAUUUGAGCUCUUCAACUGUAAUUUCUCCCAAAAGUACGACUUCUACAGAAGAGCUAGUUUCCAAUACUGACAUGACUGUAAUCACAUCUGAGACUACGUCAAAGGAUAUUAAAACGACGGCGUCAAGCCAUGAACCCUACAUUGAUAAAUCAACUACCGUAACAGAAGAAACUUCGUCCGAUUCCUCAACAUUUACCACACCUACCAGUACUUCUUCUGAAGUAACAACAGAACAUUUACAACAUAUUAUAAUGCCUGGUUUGAAAAAAGUAAAACUGGGACUAGCAAUAACAUUUCUGACUGUUGCAGUACUAGCAAUGGCAGUUAUUAUCGUAUUCUUGAUAAAAAUGAGAAAAACAUCUGCUGGUUACGAAGAACUAAGUUUAGUACCUUAAAAUUAAUCACUCAUAGAAAAUAAGACAGGCAAAGAGUCUUGACAAUAAAGAAUUUGGUCCUAUUCAUUCUAUUUAUGAAGAAUAAAAAACGAAUAUGGGUGACAAUGUAAUUCGAUGCAGAUGAGUUUGUCAGACUAUUAUCUCUGCUUAUUUCAUGACAAUUUUAGAGUUCUAAACCUCUUUUUCGUAAUCAAAAUAAUUUGCUCUUUAAGGAAUUACUUAUAUUACAUACUAUCAGAACUAAUAUUUAUUUUUCUUACGAAUAAAGAAAUCAAUGUGCUUAUAGCUUAACCACCACUUCUAUUUUAAAAGUAAACAUUACGCAAGAUAGAAUAUCAGAACAUCGAGGAAAAAAAGUUAAAAGUGGAGGCAAAAUGAAGAUAAAAGCUGCUUGCCAUUGUUCUAAUUUGUUAACCCUAAUGCAUGUUUUUAAACAAUUGAUAUUCAGUAACUAUCAAGAAAAAGGAGAGAAUUUAAAUAUUUUAGAAAAUAUAUUUCAAUAAAAAAUGGUUUAGGGUUAAAUGUACUCGAUGUUUUUUCAUUUUAGUCAAUACUACAAUUUAAAGAAAAAAAUAUUUAUCAAGAAUUUGAAAC